AGGAGCCCAAGGAAGAAGAGGUUCGUGUCCAGCCCGCGCUACGUGGAGACCAUGCUGGUGGCUGACCAGUCCAUGGCCGAGUUCCACGGCAGUGGGCUCAAGCACUACCUGCUCACGCUGCUCUCCGUGGCGGCCAAGCUCUACAAGCACCCCAGCAUCCGCAACUCCAUCAGCCUCGUCGUAGUGAAGAUCAUGGUCAUUUAUGAGGAGCGGAAGGGGCCCGACAUCUCGUCCAAUGCCGCUCUCACACUGAGGAACUUCUGCAGCUGGCAGAAGCAGCACAACCCGCCCAGUGACCGGCACGCCGAGCACUACGACACCGCCAUCCUCUUCACCCGACAGGACCUCUGUGGUGCCAAGACAUGUGAUACUCUUGGGAUGGCCGAUGUGGGAACAGUUUGCGAUCUGAACCGCAGUUGCUCUAUCAUUGAAGACGAUGGUUUGCAGGCUGCCUUUACAACAGCCCACGAGCUAGGCCACGUGUUUAACAUGCCUCACGAUGAUGCAAAGCAGUGUGCUAGUAUUAAUGGGAUAAGCCGGGAUUUCCACAUGAUGGCAUCCAUGCUUUCCAAUCUGGAUCGAAGCCAGCCUUGGUCUCCAUGUAGUGCCUACAUGAUUACAACAUUUUUGGAUAAUGGUCAUGGUGAGUGUUUAUUGGACAAGCCCCACAAGCCAAUACAGCUUCCCUCUGACUUGCCUGGCACCUUGUAUGAUGCCAACAGGCAGUGCCAGUUUACAUUUGGAGAUGAAUCCAAACACUGCCCGGACGCAGCCAGUACGUGUACGACCUUGUGGUGUACUGGUACUUCUGGAGGGCUGCUCGUGUGCCAGACUAAACAUUUCCCUUGGGCGGAUGGCACCAGUUGCGGAGAGGGGAAAUGGUGCAUGAAUGGCAAGUGUGUGAACAAAACUGAGAAGAAGCAUUAUGAUACACCGGUGCACGGCAGCUGGGGCUUGUGGGGGCCCUGGGGCGAGUGCUCCCGCAGCUGCGGCGGCGGGGUGCAAUACUCCUUCAGGGAAUGCGACAACCCUGUCCCCAGGAACGGAGGGAAGUACUGCGAGGGGAAGCGGGUGCAAUACAGGUCGUGCAAUAUCGAGGACUGUCCGGAUAACAACGGCAAAACCUUUAGAGAGGAGCAAUGUGAAAAGCACAAUGAGUUUUCCAAGUCUCCAUUUGGAAGUGGACCUGCAGUCGAAUGGACUCCAAAGUUUGCUGGUGUCUCUCCGAAGGAUAGAUGCAAACUGGUCUGCCGAGCAAAGGGAACAGGAUAUUUCUUUGUUUUACAGCCAAAGGUUGUGGACGGCACCCCAUGCAGCCCCGACUCCACCUCGGUGUGCGUGCAGGGGCAAUGCAUGAAGGCUGGCUGUGACCGGAUAAUGGGAUCCAAUAAGAAGUUUGACAAAUGCGGUAUCUGCGGUGGCAACGGAUCCACUUGCAAGAAAGUCACUGGCACACUUGUGAGAGCAAAGCCUGGCUAUCAUGACGUGGUCACCAUCCCGGCCGGAGCGACCAACAUCGAGGUCAAGCAGCGGAACCACAGGGGCGCCCGGCAUGACGGCAGCUUCCUUGCCAUCAAAGCUGCCGAUGGCACGUACAUCCUCAAUGGGGACUACACAUUGUCAACACUGGAGCAGGACAUCACAUACAAGGGCAGCGUGUUGCGGUACAGUGGCUCCUCUGCCGCCCUGGAGCGCAUCCGCAGCUUCAGCCCCCUGAAGGAGCCCCUGACCAUCCAGGUGCUCACAGUAGGGGACCUGCCGCAGCCUAAGAUCAAAUUCACCUAUUUUGUGAAGAAGCCCGUUCAGCCCAGCUCUGAGAAGGUGCCUGGCAAAAGGAAGGAGUCUUUCAACGCCAUCCGGGAGAUCAUCUCGUCCGAGUGGGUCAUCGAGGAGUGGGGCGAGUGCUCCAAGUCAUGUGGCUCCGGCUGGCAGCGGCGCUCAGUGGAGUGCCGGGACCUGCGGGGGCAGCCGGCCGCCGACUGCGCCCGCGAACUGAAGCCCAGCGACGUGCGGCCCUGCGCCGAUGUGCCGUGCCCGCAGUGGCAGCUCGGGGACUGGUCGCCGUGCUCCAAGACGUGUGGGAAAGGUUUCAAGAAGAGGUUGUUAAAGUGCGUUUCUUAUGACGGCAGCGUGCUGCCGCAAGAAAGCUGUGAGCCUUCCAAGAAACCGAAGCACCUAAUAGACUUCUGCAACAUUACUGACUGCAGUUAAACAGUAUAGGUUGGGAAAGCUAAAGAGUUUAUUUGUUUGUUUGUUUGUCUUUUUGCCUUCAGAACAAUGCACUGAAAAUAAGAGGCUAGAGGUAGCGCAGGUGAUUUGUGUUCACAGUCAUGAGAGGGUUCCUUGAGGUGGGAGAGUGCAAAUAAUUUCAGUUGGUGUUGCAUUGUAAGGACAUCCUGCCGACCGCAAAUUUGAUAGGAUAGCAGACCAGUGUCACUAGUCCGUCUUCAGCAGAUAAGGCCCCAGGGCGUUAUGAUUCCCCUUUUUAAGUAUGCUACAAAUUAAACAAAACAUAAACAGUGGCCAAAACAUAACUAAGCAAACCUUUUGGGGUUGAGUUAUUUUUCCCUUCUUUUAGAUUUGUAUUGUGGUACUGAUGAAGUCCCCAGUUUUCUYAAGGGGUGGGACAGCAGAGUAGAAAAGAUAGCUUAAAAUAAUUGGUCAGAGCUUACCUACCUCACAAAGGGCAAAAAACAGGAUUAGAAAAGGAGCUUUAACUAUGUCAUUMAUGGCUGCUAUUGUUUCAGAGAAUAGUUUUAUAUAAAAACAAAGCCAUAUUCUCUACCUGUAAAGAGUAAAAAAAAUAACCAAGGACACCACUCAGUCACUUCCACAGAUGAUUGAAUGUUAUUUUUCUUUUAAAUAUCUUUAUGUCAUCCCAGUGUGCCUGUCUGUUUCUCUCAACCACUCUGAUGCAUUUUUUGUGAUAUAUGUAACCCAGAGGCUAGAAAGAAUGGAAAUCUUCAUGGAGCAGGUAGUGCCUAUAUGGACCUCUGUGCCUUAUGCAUGGCUUACACUGUUUUUUGGAUUCAGAACAUGGUUCUGCCAUACAUUACCCAUCUUGUAGCAUUGAGGGUUGGAGUUACGCUUUCACCCUCUGAUCUUUCCCCCAGUGCCAGCCAACAGUAGUUAUUUGCAUUUGAAUAGCAAAGAGAUCAAAGAAAUGCCUGCUAUGGGUGGGAACCUCCCCCAUGUGGCCUCUGAUGGUUUGUAGAGCUCAAAUCACUGAUAAGGCGGGAAAACAAAGCUGAAGGAUAGCAGGUCCAUCCACAGCAAUACGCCAGCGUUUGCCUAAUUAAAGUUUGUGCCAGUCCAUAGACAAUGAGAGAAUAUGGCUUUCCAUAUGUAUAUAGUAAAAUAUAUUACUAUAGAUUUUAUAUACUUUA